AGGUACAGCACCUGGGAACCCGAGGAGAACAUCCUGGAUUCCCGCCUCAUCGCUGCCUUCGAGCAGAAGGAACGAGAGCGUGAGCUGUAUGGGCCCAAGAAGAGAGGACCUAAGCCUAAAACUUUUCUGUUGAAGGCUCGGGCCCAGGCGGAGGCCCUCCACAUUGGGGAUGUACACUUUUCUGUCAAGCCUGGUUCCAGCACCUCCUCUCCCAAGCUCCACUCCAGUGCCGCAGUGCACCGGCUCAAGAAAGACAUCCGGCGAUGCCACCGCAUGUCCCGGCGUCCCCUGCCCCGUCCAGACCCCCAGAACGGCGGGAGCAUGGCGGGGGGGGCCGGCAUCCGUCCUCCUGUCUCGCCCUUCUCGGAGACCGUCCGCAUCAUCAACCGCAAGGUGAAACCCCGUGAGCCCAAGCGCAGCCGCAUCAUCCUCAACCUCAAAGUCAUUGACAAAGGUGGGAAACCAGCCAACGGUGCUGGGGGCCUGGCUCGCCCCAAGAUCCCCUCCCGAAACCGUGUCAUUGGCAAGAGCAAAAAGUUCAGCGAGAGCGUUCUCCGCACCCAGAUCCGCCACAUGAAGUUCGGCUCCUUUUCUCUCUACAAUAAGCCGUCCACUGCACCUGCCCCAUCUCUGGAGGGCAAAGGGGAGGCUGAAAGCUCCCAGGCGGCCUCCUGUGGGCUCAUUAUGGGCUCCACCCCCUAUGAUGCCCCCAGCUCCAGCUCCUCCGGCUGCCAGUCACCAGCCCCCCACUCCUCCUCUGACCCAGAUGAUUCCCCUCCGAAGCUGCUUCCCGAGACCCUCAGCCCAGCCAUUCCCGACUGGCGUGAGUCAGAGGUCCUCGACCUCUCGAUCCCACCUGAGUCAGCUGCCACCAGCAAGCGUUCUCCCCCAGGAGGCUGCAGUGGGGGGCAGACACCCUCCUUAUCCCUCUCUUCUUCCGACCCGGAGCAGGAAGCCAGCGACUGGCGUCCCGAGAUGUCCCCUUGCUCUAAUGUGGUGGUCACAGACGUCACCAGCAACCUCCUCACUGUCACCAUCAAGGAGUUCUGCAACGCGGAGGAUUUUGAGAAGGUGGCGGUGGGUGGCGGUGGAGGAGGCAGCAAGUGA